CGUGAUGAUCGAGCUGAUCAACGCUCAAGUAAGUCAGGAUCUGGCUGGCCCUUCUUGCUUGUUGCUGAUAAGAGCAUGGUCUGGGUUUUAAAUGGCAUCAUGUCUCAGCUUUCUUCUCUUUUCAUUUUGCUAAGAAAUGAUGAGAUUACAGCAAAGGAUGUCCUUGAUCUUACAGACUGGUCCUUGAUUCACAAUACCAAAUCCUUCAAGGACAUUGCCUUUCUAUGUAUUGUGACUACUAUCAUUGCAGAGCACUCUUUUUUUCUGUGGAAACAGAAACCUUCAAAGUCCACUGCGCCCUUUGAAUCAGCCAUUCAAAAGUUCAACUUGUCUGCUGAUGUGGCAAAAAUUAAAACUGCCAUCAAGGAGGCCUCUCAGCUUAAAACUGAGAACCAAAAGAAACAGGCCCUUGUAAAGAUUGCUAUGGACAAUCGUCUUCCCCACCUUCCCAGAAUUUCAUAA